AUGAAUUAUUAUAUGAAUGAAAAUGAAUGGUUAUCUUUAAAAGAAUUAUUAGAAUUGUUGAAAAAAGUUGCAGAAGCAACUGAACUGCUUGGUGGUUGCAAAUGUCCAACUUUAUCACUUACUUACCUAUCACAAACUUUCGGAUUCUCAUUUUUUGAUGAUAAUGUCAAUGAUCAAGAUGUGAGUGAAUUGAAUUUAUAUUUAAAAAUACCACAAAUAUCAAUUAAAGAAAAUGUGAAAAACCAUCUUUCCAAACUUAUCAAGCAUAUCAAGAAAAUAUCAUCAUCAUCUGUUCCCUGCUGA